AUGGCCACCGACGCCAUGGCCUCACGCCGGCUUGCCACAGCCCUAUUCGGGUCCUUACGCAACUCUCGCUGGACUCUGACCCGUACCCUCCGAAGCGAUAACCCCUUGGACCUCAAUGGUGAAUUGCGGGGCACGGCCAACUUUACCGCGCUUCCCAACUCCGACCACGACUGGCUCUACAGCGAAGAGGGCGAAAUCCCGGGGAUUCCUGGCAGUGGGGCUGCAUUGGCAGGACUGCGCUGGACCAAGAAAUACAUUUGGCGGACGACCGAUACGGACAAAAUUAGCGUGUGGUUUGUGAAGGUCGCCCCCGGUCCCGACGAGGCAGACUACCUUUUCCACGACUUUGACUUCGAAAACGCACCGGAUGAAACCGAAAGCAAGUCAGAAUUUGUGACUGCUCCUACACCUCCGACUGUGACAGCUGAUAGCGAGACUACGGUUCUUGCGGCGCGUGGAAACCAUCUCUGCAUCAACGAUAUGUAUCGUACCGCGUACGCGUUUCGUAUCCGCCCGGAGACUGGGGAAGUCGUGAGUUGGGCGAGUCGGCACGUGGUUCAUGGUCCGAAGAAGGACCAGGACAUUGUCAACCGGUACGAGAGGAGCGCGUAG